CCAGCGCCGGCGGCGGCGGCCUUAAGGGCGGCGGCCGCGGCCCGGGGCGGCCCAGUCGGCCUGUCAGCCGGCUUGGAGGCGGCCACCGGCUUUCGCGCGGGCACGGCGGCCAUGGCGGCGGAGGAGGAGAAGGUGGAUCCCGCCGACACCUGCGAGAGGUCAGGAUGGCUAACUGGUUGGCUUCCCACAUGGUGCCCUACAUCUACAUCACAUCUUAAAGAAGCCGAGGAGAAAAUUUUAAAAUGUGUUCCCUGCAUAUACAAAAAAGAACCUGUUUGUAUAUCUAAUGGAAACAAAAUAUGGACACUGAAGUUCUCUCAUAAUGUUUCAAAUAAGACUCCUCUUGUCCUUCUCCAUGGUUUUGGAGGAGGUCUCGGACUCUGGGCACUGAAUUUUGAAGAUCUUUGCACCAAUAGACCUGUCUAUGCUUUUGACCUUUUGGGCUUUGGACGAAGUAGUAGACCCAGGUUUGACAGUGAUGCUGAAGAAGUAGAGAACCAAUUUGUAGAAUCCAUUGAAGAAUGGAGACGUGCCCUAGGAUUGGACAAACUGAUCUUGCUUGGACACAACCUAGGGGGGUUCUUGGCUGCUGCUUACGCACUGAAGUAUCCAUCAAGAGUUAAUCAUCUCAUUUUAGUGGAACCUUGGGGUUUUCCUGAGCGACCAGACCUUGCUGAUCAAGACAGACCAAUUCCAGUUUGGAUCAGAGCCCUGGGCGCAGCAUUAACUCCUUUUAAUCCUUUAGCUGGCCUCAGGAUUGCAGGACCCUUUGGUUUAAGUCUAGUACAACGUUUAAGGCCUGAUUUUAAACGGAAGUAUUCUUCGAUGUUUGAAGAUGACACUGUGACAGAAUAUAUCUACCACUGUAAUGUACAGACUCCAAGUGGUGAGACAGCAUUUAAAAACAUGACUAUUCCUUAUGGAUGGGCAAAACGGCCAAUGCUCCAGCGAAUUGGUAAAAUGCACCCUGACAUUCCAGUUUCGGUCAUCUAUGGAGCCCGGUCCUGCAUAGAUGGUAACUCUGGCACCAGUAUCCAGUCACUGAGACCACAUUCAUAUGUGAAAACCAUAGCUAUUCUUGGUGCAGGGCAUUAUGUGUAUGCAGAUCAACCAGAAGACUUUAACCAGAAAGUAAAGGAGAUCUGUGACACUGUGGACUGAGCACAUUGAAGAUGAUGUGGGAAAACCUGCUGACUGAUGCAGUUCCUCAGCAAUCAUUCACAGUCACAAUGAAGAGCAUGGAACACAAUGAAAGAAGCAGGCAAUCUUCUUGACUGUUCUUUGCACAUGUUUUCUUUAUGAAGUCGCUUGCACUUUUAAACCAGUUAGUGCCUUCUAGAGGAAUGGGUUUCCUUUCUCCUAUACAAAAUCAAAAUAUACAAGAGUCUCCAAAUCUAAUAGCUUUAAUAAAAGGUUAUUUGUA